UUUGCAGCUAACUGAAGGGUUUGCACACGCAGAACCGUCUUUAAUUAUUUUUAGAAAACGAAAAAGCAUUUUGGCUGUGCAACACUGGAAAAUAAUCAAAGAAAAAAAUCUAAAUCUAUGCUGCUUUUAAACGGAUCCCUAGUUGAAGUGUGGGUUGACCGCUGUCCCAGAAAUCAGUGCCACAAUGAGUUAGGAUGAUGGUGGCUGCUGUUUGGCUUGGUGUUCCUUCAACUCUGUACCAACUCCCUUGGCAAAACACACCACAGGCAAUUACAUGGAACUAGCAAGAUGAAUAAAAAUAAACUGAUUCAUGAUUUCCUGGAAGUAGUUUCAAGAGGUGAUGUGGAACUCAUCUGUGACCACAUUGCAGAAGUCCAUUCCAUCCUCGGAAACCUUGACUUUCAGCACCCUAAGACGGGAAAUACACCUCUUAUUACUGCAGCAGAAGAAAAUCUCACAGAGGUUGUUGGAUUUCUUCUGGAAAAGGGGGUGGACAUCACCCUCUGCAAUUACAGCCAUCAAACCGCAGUGCAUGUAGCUAACUGCGACAUCCAAAGACAACUCUUGGCAAUUAACGGAAUCCAGGCUCCCCAGAUGCAACUUCUGCAAAGUUCGUGGCAAGGUGACCUCGAACAACUUCAACACUUACUGGCAUCUGAAGAGUUUCUGGAUAUAAAUUUCCCAAACCAACAUGGCUUGACCCCUCUGAUGCUGGCUGUGAGAGAUGUGGACCUAUUUGAGAGGCUUGACAUGUUAACAGUUUACAGACCUGUGGAAGUUCUGUCUGAGCUCCUGAGGCACCGCGCUGAUCCUAAACUCUGUGAUUUUAGUGGAAAAUCAGCAAUACAUUAUGUGUCACAGAUAGAGAGUUUGAGGAAACAGCAGUUAUUGGACAUCCUAAUGAGUUCUAUCCCCAAACCAGAAAGGCACGAUGAAUCAUUGCUCGACAUUUGUCAUGAUACAAACUCUUCUCCAACUGAUACGAUGACAGUUACCAAAAAUCAAAACAUACUCUUGCAAAGCAUCAGCAGCAGUGAGGAGGAGUUCGACCAAGAUGAUGACUGCGGUCAUUCCAUACCGGUUAGUGACGAAGGCGAUCCCGGUGGUGGCAGACAGCCCUGGCAACCCAGGACAGAAGGUGUUGAGAUCAUUGUGACUUUUCCAAAAGACAUCAGUCACCCCGAAGAAAUGAGCCAAGAAGAUUUAAAAGAAAACAAUCAGACAGCCCCGGUGUGUCAAGAAUGGGCAGCGGCACGUUCGGUUUCUCUUCCAUACGACAUUGAGAUUGUGGACCUCAAGACAAAGGCGCUGACCACACGGCCUUUACUUCUGAAGAAAGAAGAAAGUUCCAGGGAGCUCCUUGACAUGAACUUGGGCUGUUUGCUGCCAAGACCUUGUUUAGAACCAAAUCUCUCCAAGUCUGUAACCAGAGAAGAUGCUCCUCAUUUUCUGAAGGGGCAGCAAAGAAAAUCUGAAGAGUUUCCUACUUCUGAUAUGAAGUGCAGUAGCCGAAGAAAUGAGUUCCCUCUGCCACCAUUGUCACUGUUGCCCAUGCGAUCUGGUUUCCUCACCAUCCCCCCAAAUCACAAGGUUCCAAAAGAGAGAGAAGGAAAUAUUUCAAGCCUCACAUCCUUCAGGCCUAAGCUCUUAGAACCUGUCAGUCAAUCGGAUCAGUUUAGUCCAUCCAAUAGGCGGCAGGAGGCCCCCUUCAAGGUGCUGAUGGAUCCGAAUCUCAGGUCUUCUGAUAGCUCCCUUUGGUCAAGAAACAUGUGCUCUUUUCGGAAGGCUAACGAUUACAGACUCCCCCUGGAGAUGGAGGAGAACUGGAAUUCCAAGGGAAUAGAAGAACAUGAGAAGACUGAAAUCUCUCCCUUUGAAAAGGGGCAAUCUUUGGUGUCUUUUAAGAAUUUUAAGGAUGGCACGAUUCCUGCAGAUGGGGAAGAGGAUAUUGACGGCCAUGGUAGUAAAAUGAGAAAAGCAGCAGAAGAGAACUCUCAAUAUCUUUCACCAAGAGAGAAAGAGAGUUCAGUAGCCAGAAACCAUGAACAAGAUCCAGAAAUUGUAUGUACCUUUCCAAGCAAGCUCCAAGAAGCCCAGUAUUCAGAAAUAACUCCAAGCCAGGAUGAAGACAUGAGAAAUAAUAAAGCUGAUUCAAAAAGCACUUCAUUACGCAAGGGGGACGCAAUUGAACCAAACAAUAUUUUAGAAGAAUUUUUUGUUCUUAAAAGCUUGUCCGAUGUAGUCUUUCACGACCCCACUGAAAAGCUCCCAGAAGGUCAGAGCACCGUGGAGACAAACAUAAAAAUAUCAAUAGCAGAAGCGGCCAAACCAGAAAUGAAUGGGCUGAUGUCUCUUAUCCACGUUACUUUCCCUGCAGAUGGAACCCCCAAGGAACCAGCUAUAGCCAAACCAAGCCUCCGAAAGAGAAAGGGAACGGUGCAUAACAGCUCUAGUGUCAACAUACUUGUGCACCAAGAACAGGACAAGCCUAAGGUGAAUGCCCAUAGAAAUAAGUUGGAUUCAAAGACCAAGACAAGUAACAAGACACCUCAGAAUGUCGUGAUUUCUACUGAAGGUUCCGUUAAGCCUCCCAUGCAUAAAGCCAGCAUAAAAACUCAAAUUUUCCCUGCUUUGGGGCUUGGUGAGCCCAGGCCUCAACAAUCACCCAGGUUUCAAAGAAGAAUCCCACAGAUAGAAAAGAAGCAAUCAGCUUACCGGACUCAGAAACCUAAAAAGCAGUUAUUUCCUUGCAUCUGUAAAAAUCCAGGAACAAAAAAGUCAUAUGUUCAUCUCUCUGUUCAACCAGCAGAGCCGAGACUGAAUUACCUAGAUCUUAAGUAUAGUGACAUGUUCAAAGAAAUCAAUUCAACUGCUAAUGGACCUGGAAUCUAUGAGAUGUUUGGGACCCCUGUUUAUUGUCACAUACGGGAAGCUGAACAGCAUGAAAACAAGUAUUACCGAGAGAUAUGCUCAGCCCCAUCGGGCAGAUGUAUCACCAAUAAAUGUCGAUCUUCACACGGUGAGCGGAGCAGCAAUAGCAGAACAAGACGUCCUCAGAAAAGACCACAUGUCAAAAACCCAAAGUCUUCACUUGGCAUUAAGCAAGAGCACAAAGCCUUACUUUCUAAAGAAAAGGGCUGCAAGGCUGUAGGUAGCAACCUACAUGACAUCGAAAAUGGUGAUGAUAUUUCAGAACCAGACUGGCAGAUAAAAUCUUCAGGAAAUGACUUUCUGUCUUCCAAAGAUGAAGUUCACCCCAUGAACUUGGCUCAGAUUCCUGAACAGUCCACUGGACAUAACAAAUUCUUCCCAGUCUCAGACUUAUCCAUUGUUGAAGAAGUUUCUAUGGAAGAGUCUACUGAUGAAGGAGACCUUUCUAACCAACAAAUACUCACCACGAGCCUCAGAGAUCUGCAAGAACUUGAAGAGCUACAUCCCCAGACCCCAUUUGUCCCUUCAGAAAACAGCUGGGCAGUGCCCAGUGAGAGGAGUUCUUAUAAGAACAUACUGCAAGAAAAGCAGAAUACAAUAUCUUUAGGCAAAAUAAAUGACUGUCAAAUUUUACCUAAUGAUCUAGAGUUUGAUACCGUUUCAGAUGAGUCUAAAACACUUAUGAGUUUCUCUUUCCAAGAGAAACGAGAAAGUGCAUCUUCCCAGACAUAUCAACAUUGGGGAGAUUCUUUGGAUCAUGACAGUUUGGAAAAUAAAUCAACCGCAUAUGAAACGUUUGGGAAAACUUUAAAUUAUGCAAAUUUGAUUUCCCAAGAAAUCCUGGAGUCCUUGAAGAAUGAAGAAUUGACAGAUGAACUAUUAGGUUGUCUAGCUGCAGAAUUAUUAGCUCUUGAUGAGAAAGACAACAACUCUUGCCAAAUAAUGGCAAAUGAAACAGAUCCUGAAAACCUAAAUCUUGUUCUUAGUAGGAAAGGAAAUACCACAAAAGAAUUGGGCAGAGAGACAACAAAUGUCAAAAUACAGAGGCAUAGUAAUGGGUUCAGGAUAUAUGACAGGGAGGAGAAAUUUCUCAACUCACAGGAAAAGAAGACAUUUUCUGAAAAUAGUGUAAAGUAUGAAGAACCCAUCCUGUGGACCAAGGGCGAGAUCCUUGGGAAGGGAGCCUACGGCACAGUAUACUGUGGUCUCACUAGCCAAGGGCAGCUAAUAGCUGUAAAACAGGUAGCUUUGGACACCUCUGAUAAAUUAGCUACUGAAAAAGAAUACCAGAAACUACAGGAAGAAGUAGAUUUACUCAAAGCCCUGAAACAUGUCAACAUUGUGGCCUAUUUGGGAACAUGCCUGGAAGAGAAUACUGUGAGCAUUUUCAUGGAAUUUGUUCCUGGCGGCUCCAUCUCUAGUAUUAUAAAUCGUUUUGGGCCAUUGCCUGAGAUGGUGUUCUGUAAAUAUACGGAACAAAUUCUGCAAGGUGUUGCUUAUCUCCAUGAGAACUGUGUGGUGCAUCGAGAUAUCAAAGGAAAUAACGUUAUGCUCAUGCCAACUGGAAUAAUAAAGCUGAUUGAUUUUGGCUGUGCCAAGCGUUUGGCCUGGGCGGGAUUAAAUGGCACCCAUAGUGACAUGCUCAAGUCCAUGCAUGGGACUCCAUAUUGGAUGGCCCCAGAAGUCAUCAACGAGUCUGGCUAUGGGAGGAAGUCGGAUAUCUGGAGCAUUGGCUGCACUGUGUUUGAGAUGGCCACGGGCAAGCCUCCCCUGGCUUCCAUGGGCAGGAUGGCGGCCAUGUUUUACAUCGGAGCGCACCGAGGGCUGAUGCCUCCUUUGCCAGACCGCUUCUCGGAAGACGCAGCAGACUUCGUGCGCGUGUGCCUAACCAGGGACCAGCAUGAGCGACCUUCUGCCCUUCAGCUCCUGCAGCACUCCUUCUUGAAGAGAGGUCACUGAACACACAUCAAGACUUUCUUCCCAGUUCCACUGCAGAUGCUCCCUUAUUGCUUAACUGUGGGGAAUGAUGGCUAAGGGACUUUGGUUUUCCUACUGGAAAUUCAAUCUAACCCAAUUUAACCAGAUCCUGCAGUGCCACUAACCAAAGGUUUUAGUUUACAUAUUAGCUUCCUCAAGCUUCAGGCAUGAUUACCCAUAUGUAUGAGAAA